AUGGCUGCUUUCAAACUACUCUUCUUCUUCUCCUUUCUCUUCUUUCUUCAACCAUCAACAAGCCACCAAAGAUGUCAGUUCAUAGACCAACCCGAUGGCUGUGGCUAUCCCGGCUUCAGUCUGGCAUGCAAAAACGAAACAAUUAUCAGGUUUCCAUUUUCCGGUAAAUUCAAGGUCGAAAUCCUCGAUUACAUGUGGCAAUAUAUUUGGAUAAGCGAUCCAAGUGAUUGCAUUGCAGAACGUGGCCUUCAGGGAUUCGAUCUUUCUGGUACUCCUCUUGAGCUACUCUGCCUUCAAAGCUUCACGAUUCUCAAUUACUCAUCCGGUACACCAAUUCCCCAUACGGAAGGACAAAGAUUUCCUGUCGUUAUCUUCAUGUCUGAGUAUCUUGACAAUCGUCUUCCAAGCAAUGCAGAACGUGGCACUGCCAUGCUUGUAGCUGCAGCAGGAAACUCGAUCUGGAUUACAUCGAAAUGCAUGCAUUCCUUCCAUGCUAAUUGUAUAGGUGAGUGGCUUAAACACAAUGCAACAUUCCCAUUGUGUCGCAAUUAA